UCCAAUCACAAACUUAUGUGGAAAAAAUCGUCCAUGUAAAGUCGACUUUGGUUGUUUAUGCGUAAUUUUUGCGCUUGCAAACAUUAAUUCUGCAUCGUGAAUGCCCGAGCUGGCUACUUAAAUACCUGGAGAUUGUGUCUGUUAAAACUUCAAGUGAUCUAAUGACCUAGAACGUCGUUCAUAGCUCGGUUAUUUUGAUAGGAUUUCGUGCGAGUACGCUGUCUCCUUUCGGGGUAAAUAUGGCGGAUCUUACAGAGGACGGUUAUACGGCGGAGCAUUCCUCCAAACCUAGGCAUCGGAGGGAUAGAACAGAAAGGAGAGAGCGUAAACUAAAGCUUGCAGCAGACAAUGGCGAUUCACCAGCUUCCACUAUUGAGAACAACUCUAGUUAUCUCGAGGACAGUACGACACAGAAUGAUAAUUUCUUGAGUCCAGAUCGGGCAGAAAAGGAGGCCCCGCGCAAAGAGAGAAGAAGUCGGUCUAAGCAAAAAGACGAAGUCGAAAUUAAAGUAACAGAUGAGGAUGGUACAGAAGGGGCAGCUGCAUCUGGCGAAAGUCCGGCGAGGUCGAAGUUAAAGAAAGAGAGAAAAACAGAGAAUAGUGCGCGCAAAAGACAAGCUAAGAAAAACCUUCGCGAGAAACGCCGAUCUACUGGAGUCGUCAUUAUGCCACAUAUGGAGAGUGACGAUGAAGGUGAUGAUGAAAAGAAAGCAUUGAAGGCUCACACACAGAAGAAUGAACAGCUAGUACCCACAAACGAUGAGGUAGUUGAUGAUACGGCCACUGCCAGAUCAAAGAGCUCAAAUAAAAGGAUAGAGCAGAAAGUGGUGAACGACAGUGAAACUAUAGAAAAGCAGCAACUAGUCGAGAGAAUAGAGGAAUAUGAGUCACAAAUUGAUGACUUCAAGUCGAAAUUGGAAAAAGCCAACAAGGAGCUUGACCAACUCCGAUUGGAUAACCAGCGCCUGAAGGAUGAAAAUAGUGCAUUACUGCGUGUGGUCAAUCAAUUAUCAACAAUGAAGGGCAAGUAGCGAGCCAAUCAGGUCCCAGUACGCAUCAAAACCUGGCCAGUAUUAUAUUCCUAAGCUAUUAUUGUACCUGUAGUAGCCAUCGACAAGGUGGCACCAGGGUGCAUCAUGUAUGUAGGGAGAAGGGAAGAUGAUAGGCAGUUGUCAUGGUGAUCUGUACAUAGGUCAGUGCUCCCUUAACAAGCUGAGUAAUGAUGCGUGGAUGUUGCCACAGUCCCAGAAUCAAUAGUUUUUUUUAUGCCUUAAGUUUGGGUCAUGUCAUGCAAAAAGAGCGGGGGUGACGUAAAGAGAACGAUAAAGUUCUUGCUCUUCAACAACUUUCUUUUCAUUCCCAUUUCUUCGGCAAUUUCCUACCCGUUUCACAAGUUUUUGGUUAUUUCCCUGAUGUCAUUCCCCAUGACUUUCACUCCUGAAAUCAAUUUGACACCCAUACUUGGCAACCCCGUCUGUAUCAUAGCCCUUUUAAGCCAUGACUGCCAUGACAAACAAAUAUAGUAAUUGUUUUAUUUGUGAAGUAGUUAUUAGUUAUUUGUUAAAUUCCUCAUUCAUUCAGUGCAGCUACUGAAAUGUUGGAUUCAUUCCUUGUGUUAGGAUUCCACUAUUAUUCAUCUAACUGAAUGAGAAAUGCUAUUUUUAUAGCUGUUUCUUUUAGAAAAAUCUUAGGUUUAGAGAUAACCAAUAUGAAUGUAGUAUAUAUAAAAAAAAGUUCUACUGCUUAGAUAAAAUUCAAGGAAAAACAUUCCAUGUGAUAUUUAAAGAACUGCCACUGUAAGUGAUGAUUGCUUAAUGGCCAGAACAGUAUGUGAUACAGUACUUUACAGCACUUAUAUAGAACUUUCUUAAUGCUGCCAUUUGUAACCACAAGAUAUAGUUGAAAUGACAUUUUUACCCAGUUUUGUAAGGGCUUAGGGAGGUCUCAUUCUAAGUGUAUAGCAUCAGGUAUUUUUGCGUAUAAUUUUUAUGGCCUAAUAGCCCAAGUUUUGGCUAACAGAGGUCUUUGCGUAAUAGAGAAAAUAGUUUUGUAUUCUUUACACUUCUGAAGAAACAAGUAGGACCUUUUUAUACAAUUUUAAAAUGGUAAAUGUCAGUGGGCAGGUUUCAAUCCACGAUAGCCACAGAUUGGGGGUGAAAUUGACAUGCCCUGAUUUUUUGCAUGGAACCCUGGAUCCAAACCUGCCUUAUUUUUGAUACAGGUAUUUCUUAGCUUUAAACUUGUACACAAACUAGCCACAAUAGGAGCUAAGGUGUGGCUAUGGCAAAGGGACCCCACAGCACAAUUGAAUAAAGACAAAGGGAUAAGAUGAUAGUAUUGUUGAUGUUGAUUAUGGUGAUGGUGAUGAUGGUGAUAGGGAUGGAGAUGGUGGUGAUUGUGAUGAUGGUGGUGUAGGGAUAGUGAUAGCAGUAGUGAUGGUAAUGGUGAUGGAAGUAUUAAUGUUGAUGAUUACGAUGAUGGUGAUAGGGAUGGAGAUGGUGGUGAUUGUGAUGAUGGUGGUGGUAGGGAUAGUGAUAGCAGUAGUGAUGGUAAUGGUGAUGGAAGUAUUAAUGUUGAUGAUUACGAUGAUGGUGUUAGGGAUGGAGAUAGUGGUGGUGGGAUGGAGAUGGUUGUGGUUAAUAGUGAUGAUAGUUAUGGUGAUGAAAGAAGUGAUGAUGUUGGUGAUAGCAGUAGUGAUGAUGGUAAUGUUGAUGGAAGUAUAAAUGUUGAUAAUUACAAUGGUGGUAGUAGGGAUGGUAGUGAUGGUGGUGGCGGAAGUGACGGUGUGAAGUGAUGAUGUUGAUAAUGGUUAUAGCAGCAAUCAUGAUGGUUAAGGUGUUGAUGUUAAAGAUUGUGCGAAGGUAGUGGCGAUUAUGAUGAUGAUGAUGGUAAUGUGAUUAUGAUUAUUGUUGUCAUGGUGAAGAUGAUAUGGAUGACUAUGAUGUCUGUCUGUAAUUGUUGUGUUGGGGUCAGUUUUAUUGUUGUUUUAACACUUGCUCGUGAUGGUCCUCUUGUUUUUAGCUUUAAUGGGAUUGUUGUUUAAAAAAAAAAACUUGCACCCUUUUAAACCCUUUGCCAUAGUGACUUCUGCACCUUAACUUUGUGUCUGCUUAAACCGUGGAUUUCACUCUCUUUUUGCAACUGAGCUGAGGCAGUUUCUCAACUGAGAUACUAUUUUGUUCAUAAGUUCAGUCCACACCCAGAAACUCUACCACUUGUUAUGGACAUUCUUCCUUGGAAUAGCAUUGGACUAAAUGUACUAAAGUUCAAAAUGUGUUUACUUUAUGCUAAUCUAGCUCUAAAUUUUCCUUUUAUCUUCUUUUGUACUUAUAAUUAUUAAUGGCCUAUUAUUAUUACGAGUUUGCAGUAGUUGCAUUUCUGUGUUAGAGACUGAACUUACUAGCAAUUACAGUGAAAAUAAAGCUUUUGUGAAAAGACUUGAAUAUGUAGAAAUCAGCUACUGAAACCAAAUGUAGAUUUAUCAACAAAAUAUAAUUUACUUUAUAAGUGAAUUAAUAAAGGUAUGUUUUGCAUGACA